UUCAGCAAACUUUCCAUGGGAAUCAAAACUUACUCAAAAACUACGUUUUUGUUAGCUGGGUUGACAUGACCUUGGUGGAUCCACCGGUUGGGGAGGUUUUUGGAUAUCCUCCUCCUUCACGUUCCGAUGGCCUCACUUCCUCCUUCACGUUCCUCCUGGCUUUUUCAUGUCUGUCACAGUUUUAGAAGUCCCACAGACAUAAGUCAUUAAACCAGAAACUGCGAAGAAAACAAAGAGUUUGUACCACAGUUUAAAUCAAUGAAAGUGAUCAAAUGGACUCAAGAAUCUGCAAAUCACGGAUUUGCAGGGUUCCCGCUUAUCGUCAGAUAAUAUGGUACUGGAUUAUAAUUUUAACAUUUGGACUUUUUUUCACGGUGAUGUUAUCAGGCUAUUGUCAAUGGCCUUUGUCCAUGCUUCCCCUGAGGCAUAGAUCUGUAUUCAAUAAUGAAACACAAAUGCUCAAAAUCCCAGAAGACCUGGGCUUCAGUGAGUAUGAGUGGGACCGGAUACAGAGGGCACUCCACUGGGGUGAACCAGACCACCAGAUUACCACUGCAACCAUGAGCACCAGUCCAGACCACUCCACCUUUUUAAUAAACAACUUCAAGGACAGUUACUAUGUGGGGGAGGAACUCCAUGCCACCAUUGUUGCCAGGGACUUUACUGGUAUGCCAAAACAUUAUGGAGGGGAUCUCUUCCAAGCAAAAGUUUAUUCAGACACAUUAAAGGCUAGUGUGUUUGGAGACGUACUCGACCACCAGAAUGGUACCUACUCAGCCCGGUUCACCCUGCCAUGGGUGGGCACGGCAUUGGUGGCAAUCCGUCUGAUUCACUCCAGUGAGGGCGUACAGGUCCUUAAGAGGAUUCGGGACUCCAGCUACAUCUACUAUCUUGGCUUCUUUGUAGGCAAGAACCCCCAGGGUGCUCGAGUGGAGGAAAAGGCAAUGUGCAACUUGAAAUGGGAAGGGGUGGUGCUGCCAGGUAAGGGAGAGCGCUGUGAGUACAAGGAUGCCCGCACGGGGACAACAUGGCACUGCCGUAAACCCCGAACUCUGCCAUGUGAUGCCCUGUUGUACCACAAUACAGAUGAACUCAUGAGGGACAUCACAACGGCCCUUGACAGGGUUCUCAUGAGCAGACAACAUGUAGACCACUGGCUGAAGGGUGAUUCACGGCAAAUUAGAGUCAUUGCCUCUAAUUCAACUAUUGGAACGAUCAAGUCAUGUAAACCUGGAAUGCCAACACCAACACCAGCAGGAUUCUACAUGAAUGAUAUUUGGACGUCAUUUGUGUGUGCCACCCGUCAUUUUGGGGAUGUGAAUGACAGAACUCAGUGUCUGAAGGACAAGCAAAUCUACACAAUGGGAGACUCGACCUUGAGACAGUGGUUUGAGUUCCUCUGUGGGGCUGUGCCUACUCUAAAACGUAUGAACCUCUACUCUGAUCGCCAAGUGGGGCCCUUUAUGGCAGUGGACGUAGCGAACAACAUCCUCCUGCACCACCGCUCACAUGGUGCCCCCCGAUGCUGCCCUGACGGCCCGAUUGCGGCAAUGCACUACAUCAGUAACCAGAUUGAUGACCUGGCUGGUGGGCCACACACUGUUAUUGUCUUGAAUGUGUUGGCUCACUUCACCCAAUUCCCAGUCUCCUUCUACGCUCACCGGGUGUACCAGAUCCGUCGUGCAGUAGUGGCACUGUUGAAACGUGCACCACAGACCAAGGUCAUCAUCAAGACAGCCAACACAGGGUACAAGGAUUUAAACCGCAGUGACUGGUUAGCCAUGCAGCUGGAUCAAAUCCUCCGCGAAGUAUUCCGUGAUGUGGGAGUUUACAUCCUGGAUGUGUGGCAGAUGACUGCUUGUCACUAUAAUGCAGACGAUCUCCAUCCUGCCCAAGUGAUCGUCCAAAACGAAAUUGACAUUCUGCUCUCCAUUAUCUGCCCCAAGAUUUAAACCGCAGUGACUGGUUAGCCAUGCAGCUGGAUCAAAUCCUCCGCGAAGUAUUCCGUGAUGUGGGAGUUUACAUCCUGGAUGUGUGGCAGAUGACUGCUUGUCACUAUAAUGCAGACGAUCUCCAUCCUGCCCAAGUGAUCGUCCAAAACGAAAUUGACAUUCUGCUCUCCAUUAUCUGCCCCAAGUAAGGAGGCAGGCCCAUGUUAUGAGAAUAUUGAAAUAUGGGAUAUUUACGGGAAAAUAUUGAAACGGGAAGACAGCAGGGAAAAAAGCAAAAAAUAUGUGAGGGUUGAUGGCUACGCUCUAAUGUAAUCGAACAGAAGUGGGGUGGGCAGAACAUGGUUUAAUCUGUGUCAGAUGCCUUAGUGUCCUUUUUUGCAUAAAACGUUAAUUGUUUUCUUCUUGAUUAGCUACUUGCUUGUGCUGUAUCUGACUUGUACGUUACUUUGGACCAAAUGACUAUAUGUAAAUGAUGUACUGGUACAUGAUAUGACUGCUGCAUGGUGUUGGGGCUGUAGCCAACAUGGUGGAUGGGGUGGGGGUGCAACGUUUUUCCAAUAUAGAAUAUGUGGAUCUUUUUGGUGUGUGAAACUAUUUUCAGACAGUCUUAUUGUUGUGUAUGUGGUUUCAUGCACUGUGUGUGUUUAUGUUCUUGUUGUUCUUGCUGCGCAUUGGUGGCGUUGAUGUGAUUGAUUGCGGUUAACUGAUUGCGGUUAGUAAAAGAAAGCUUAUGUUAAACCCUUCGUCU